AAAUUGUAUAACUAACUGUAUUAAUGUAGGAAGUAAAUAAAGACUUUAUUAUUAGUUUAUGUUCCACUGUGAUUACAUGGACAGAAUAUAGCCUGACAUAAACAAAUAAUUUCCCUAGGUGGAAGUUGGUUUAUGUAUUAGAGCUGAUCAACUGUAUAGAAUGUGCAAAGGUAUUUUCUCUACCUGUAGACAAAGCCUGCACCGAUCUGUGCCCCUGUGUGGAGCUUAAGAUUGAACAUAUGUCUAUUAAGUCCACACUGUUAAGUGCCCGUACUAAGAUACAUAGGUUUUUCCUACUGAGUGCUAGUAGUUCUGAAUCAGCCUUCUUAUUGAAGGAGUCUAAUUGUGUAGUGUUGCUAGGGACAAUGUAUGCUAUGCAUUGUUGUGUAGAUCUAUAUCUAUAUGUACAAUUCUUUAUCUUGUUCUCUUUGGAUCUUCGAUCAGUCGUUAGACUAUAUGGCGAUUUCUGACAGGAGAACCAUAGCUCUGCCAUCAUCUACUCAUCAAGCAUGUCAGCUCGCAUCAGGCGGUUGAUUCGCGACGGUACAACCAAUGAGCUAGCGAGCGAGGUAUGUUGCAUUAGCCAUUCUUUGUGCUUUUUGCAGUUAUUACUGAUUUCCUCACAAAGAGUUGGCAUUUCAAGGUAUUCAGAUUUCAUUGUUGCGAGUGCUGUCAGCUUGCCAGGGGCUAGUGAUGAAAAUGAACCAGACGUAGUUCCAGAGAGCCAUGAAGGUAUUAUAUGUGACAGUUGCGACAAGCACAUAUAUGGGUUCCGCUACAAGUGUGUCACCUGUGAUAACUUUGACUUGUGCCAAAAGUGUGAAAUGCUUGAGAGACACCCACAACACUAUAUGUUGAGAAUACCUAAGUCAAUUAAAUUUGGUCUAGCUGAUGACUUAAUUAAGAAAUGGCGAAACUUAUUUCUAAAAGAACACAUACAGCCCGACUGUGAAUCCUCCAGCGAUGAUGAACCAGUUAAAAAAUACAUCACACUCAAUGACAGUGGCAUUGAUUUAACAGAAGACGUCAAAAAUGAUAUAAGAAGUGAAAUUUCGAGAGCCAUAAGAGAAGCAAAUGAGAAAAUAGCAAAUAUUCCUCCCGUACAAGUAGUUAGAGAAAAGGUUACAAAACAAAAGACACCAAUCAGAAGAAAAGUUGAUGUCCCAAUAGACAAUGAGACGAUUAAAGUUGACCAAGAAAUUGUUGAAGAUGAAGCAGAAAUUGGAUCAGCUCCUGAAUUAGUGUUUGCUGAUGCUCUGAAAUUCGACCAGGCUGAUGUAAAGCCAACUGUGGCAGAUUCUUGUGAAGUUGCUGUGCCUAACUCUUCUUAUAUCACAGUGGAGACCCAGCCAUUACUAUAUGUCACGUUAAGCAAUGACUUAUCACAGUUUAUGAUAGAGCUUGCACCUGAUAGUAAUGCUACUGAAAGCAAUACAAUAAAAUGAAUUUAUCUUUGUGACAUUUCAUGGGAAUGUGGUAGAUGACGACUCAUUAUCAGCCUCUUUUUGAAGUAAAACUUCUUAACCGACUCCAAAAAAAGGAGGAGGUUUCUUAAUUCGACCGUAUAUAUAUUUUUUAUGCUUGUUUGGGGAGUAAGCUGGUGAGUGUGUUACGAAAACUGUAAUCGGGGAGGCUUUUAAAAUGCGUGCUGCCAUCUACAGGCAUAGUGUAACAGUGUUUAAUAUUUAAACCACCAAUAGAUGGCGUUCUUAAAAAACUUUGAAACAAUCCCGUUUUGUAUAUUUCAAGAGCCUAUUGCGAUGCAGUUAUGCCUUAGACUCAUAGAUGGCUUUUGUGUAAAUUAGCUUACAGACAUUGAGAGGGAGAACAAAUUGCUAAAGAAGUUUUACUUCUGUGGUUUACAGCACACUUGUUUUUUUUCGCCGUGAAUACGUGUUUAAAGCUUCCAUAGCGAGUGUCAAUCCAAAUAUGGGGGGAUACAGUUUGGUUUGCAGCUACAUAACUAUAGUUUGGCUAAAGAAAGUAUAGACUGAAAUCAACCAGCAAAUUUAAAAAAAAAAUGGAGGGCGUUCCCUAAACAAUAGUGCAAAUAUUUAAGUAACUCAAGUUUGAUAAUUGCAAGUUUUUUUUUCAAUAUGUAGUAAUGUUGAAAACAUUACUACAUAUUGAAAAAAAAAACACAUAUACGUUUUUUAUUAAAGAUUAGUCGAUAUUUUUUUGAAUUUGCUAAGCGAUUUCAGUCUCUACUUUCAUUAGACAAACUAUCACCCAUAAAUACCAUAGAUAAAAAACUAUCAGCUCUAUCCAAAAAUUAACUAAACAUUGCAUAGUUGAAAGAUCAAAGAAUUCGCCACAUUAUGGGUAGACUUUUGAAAAGUUUCGUGCAGUGAAGUGGAAUCGCUGCCAAUUUGAGGUCAUUUUGAUGCGUUUCGAGAUUUGCAUUUAAUAUAACUUGACUCAAAGAACCUACGACGCUCGUUUAGAUUUCAAUUGUUAGCUCUUGUUAAAAUCUUCGUUUUCAUGUACCUAUAAAAUAUUUGAUAUAAUAUUGUAUAGGUAUCUGUGUAUGUAUUUUGUCACUGCUUAAUAAACGUUUGAAAUCUUUUAAUGCUGUAAUAAAAUGAUAGAUCACAAAAAAA